AUGUGGGAUCUAUGUGUUGAAGGAAUAUUGCUGCUUAUGUUCACAAUGGUGACAUUUGUGGCCUUGAUGGUUAUACUUCUUCACACGGAAUGCAACACUGGAGUAACUAAAUGUUGGGUGAGUGAUCCACACCCUCCACUGCACAAAUAUCACAAGUCUGGGGACUUCAUCCUUGGUGGGAUUGCUUCUCGCACAGGCAUCACCUUCAUUCCAGUCAACUUCAUGGAAAAACCAAUACAGACAUUAUUGGAAGAUCUUACCAUCGUAACUAAAAAUUACCAGCACAUCCUGGCUUUGGCUUUCGCAGUAAAGGAGAUCAAUGAAAACCUUCAGCUCCUACCCAAUAUCACUUUGGGCUUCCACAUCUAUGAUAGCUAUUUUAAUGCAAUGCGGACUUAUCAUGCCACAAUGGUACUUAUAUCCACAAUGAAGAGAUUUGUUCCCAAUUACAAAUGUGACCUCCUGAAUAAUCUAAUAGCAGUCAUUGGAGGACUGGAUUCUGACAUCUCCCUUCAUGUGGCAAACCUCUUGGAUAUCUAUAAGAUUCCACAGCUCACCUAUGGCCCUGCUCAAGGGAUGAAUAAUGGAGCUCCAGGCCUUUCUAUCUACCAGAUAGUCCCUGAUGAACGCCUUCAGUAUGAUGGGAUUAUCUCUUUGCUCCUGCACUUCAAAUGGAUGUGGGUUGGAGUUCUGACUAUAGAUGAUGAAAAUGGAGAAAGAUUUGUGCUAAAUGUGCUUCCAGUGUGUAACCAGAAUGGUGUGUGUGUUGCCUUCAUAGAAAGGAUACCCAGACUUACAUUUAUCACAGAAUAUGGGGGCCUAAUGGAAUAUGGAGCAAAAGUACAUGAUCUAAUUAUGGACAGCAAAGCAAAUGUUUUGGUUGUCUAUGGAGACUCUUUUUCCAUGAUAUUUUUGAAUUGGCUCCCACGUCUAUCAAAACAAGAACAUGUUACAGAUAAACCCAAAGUGUGGAUCAUGACAGCCCAGAUAGACCUCAUAUCAUAUAUUUAUCAAAGGGAUUGGGAUAUAGGAACAUUCAAUGGUGCUCUGUCCUUCUCAAUUCACUCCAGAGAUCUACCAGGAUUUCGCCAGUUUGUUGAGAGCAGAAACCCAUCCAGCCCACAAGAAGAUGGUUUUCUCAAGGACUUUUGGGAACAGGCAUUCAAUUGUGUAUUCCCAAAUCCAGCCCAGGAGAAUGUGGAUGGGGAUAUUUGCACAGGUAAGGAGAAGCUGCAAAUCCUUCCUGGGCCUCUUUUUGAAAUAGGCAUGACUGGCCAUAGCUACAGUAUCUACAAUGCUGCCUAUGCCUUAGCCCAUGCACUGCAUACAAUGACUUCAUCUAUGCUCAGACGCAGAACAUUGGUGAACAGAGAGGAACUGAAGCUCCAGAACCAGACUCAACCAUCGUGGCAGCUCCAUCCAUUUCUGAGAGCUGUCUCAUUUAACAACACUGCAGGGGACAAGAUAUCCUUUGACCAGAAUGGGGUGUUUGCUGCCGGAUUUGAUCUUAUCAACUGGAUCAUUUCCACAAACCAAUCCAUUCACAAGGUGAAGAUUGGAUGGGUGGAUCAUCAGGCUCCUUCAGGCCAAGCACUCACCAUCAAUGAGGAUGCCAUAACAUGGCACAGCUGGUUUGAACAGGUACAGCCCCUUUCUGUAUGCAGUGAAAGUUGCUAUCCCGGUUCUAGGAAGCAAGUGAAGGAGGGGGAGCCGUUUUGCUGCUAUGAUUGCAUCCCGUGUCCAGAAGGGAAGAUUUCGAGUGAAAAGGAUAUGAAUGACUGUAAUAAAUGCAUGGAUGGAAACUAUCCAAACAAAAAACAGGAUUUCUGUAUUCCAAAGGCCAUAAGCUUCUUGUCUUAUGAAGAACCUUUGGGCAUCAGUUUAGCCUUUUCUGCCCUUUUGCUUUCUUUGAUCACACUCCUGGUGAUAGGAAUGUUUAUGAAGCACCACAACACACCCAUGGUCAAAGCCAACAACCAGAGCCUCACCUACGCUCUCCUCGUCUCCCUCCUGCUCUGCUUCCUGUGUGCAUUGCUGUUCAUUGGCCACCCAGCUAAAGUGAUGUGUCUCCUCCAACAACCUGCUUUUGGCUUCAUCUUCUCAGUGGCUGUUUCUUGUGUCUUGGCAAAAACCAUCACUGUCAUCGUGGCAUUCAUGGCAACCAGACCAGGAUCUAGCAUGAGGAAAUGGGUGGGGAAAAGACUGGCCAUCUCUAUGGUUAUUUCCUGCUGCUUUAUUCAAGCAGGCAUUUGUACUGUGUGGCUGGCAACUUCUCCUCCUUUUCCAGAUGUUGACAUGCAUUCAGUCACUGAAGAAAUCGUACUGCGAUGCAAUGAGGGCUCAGCCACCAUGUUUUACUGUGUCUUGGGCUACAUGGGCUUCUUGGCCACCGUCAGCCUAACUGUGGCUUUCUUUGCCAGGAAGUUACCCGACAGUUUCAAUGAAGCCAAAUUAAUCACUUUCAGCAUGUUGGUCUUUUGCAGUGUGUGGUUAUCCUUUAUCCCAACCUACUUGAGCUCCAAGGGGAAAUACAUGGUCGCUGUGGAGGUCUUUUCUAUCCUAGCAUCCAGUGCUGGUUUGCUGGUCUGCAUCUUUUUCUCCAAAUGUUACAUUAUCAUGUUGAGGCCUGAACUGAAUAAUAGGGAUCAUCUAAUGAGAAGAAAGUGA